AUUUCUUGGUGAGGUCUACGUGAAGGUAGUGGAACGAGAUCACCUUCCGAGACGAGAAAGGAAUCACUCGUUUUCCUCCGGGCACAUUCCUCCGAGUUCGGACGGCAACGCCUUUUAUGGCCGCCGUUGCCUCCUCCUUCUCGCGGUUCUCCUUCCGCUGCGCCGUCUGCCCCUCCCCGCUCCGCGUCCGCUUUUCGCAGCCCCAUCCGCCCGCGCGGCUCCGCGUCUCCUCCACCGUCGUUGCUCUCCACAAGCGCAACCCCAAGCGGCUCAAGUACGCCGCCGAGCGCCAGUUCACGUCUCUUUGGUGGCUGGGUUUUGCGCGAACGAAGAGAGGGGAUGCCGGGUUGCUGCGGGUGGAGGUGGAGCCCUCCGGCGGGGACUUCUGGAAGCUUGACCCCAUUAUCGACCUCAUCAAUCGCGGCGCCGUCGGGGUGAUCCCUACUGACACCGUCUACUCCGUCGUCUGUGACCUGAGUAACAAUGAAUCGAUUGAGCGCCUUCGCAGACUGAAAGGCAUUGGAGACUCCAAGCCUCUCAGCAUCCUGUGUCGCUCAUUACGUGACAUCGAUACCUACACAACAGGAUUUCCUCAAGGCACUAACCAAGGGCAAGCUAACAUUUUUCGUGUUGUCAAGCGUGCAAUACCUGGGCCUUACACAUUUAUUUUACCUGCAAGCAAGCAGUUUCCUAAACAAUGUAUAAAGCAUGGUUCUUCCACAAGGUAUGCAAAAAGGAGGCAGGUUGGCGUCCGAAUUCCAGAUGAUCCCAUCUGCCAGGCAAUAUUGCAAAAUCUUGAUGAACCUUUGAUAUGCACAAGUGUCAAAUAUCUAUCGGAGGAUGAAUGGAUACUUGAUCCAGUAAUCAUUGCAGAUCUUUAUGAGCCACUGGGGCUUGAUUUUAUUGUUGAUGGCGGACCUAGAAUUGCUGACCCUUCUACCGUAGUAGAUAUGAUGGGAGCAAACCCUACUGUAAUUCGUCAGGGAAAGGGUCUAAAGUUGGAUUGGAUGGUAGCAAAAGAUGAAGAGGAGGACGAGGCACAGUCGAUGUUUUCUUUCAAAUCAGCUUGAAAUUUGCUUCGCCUGACCUGUAUGGGCUGGCACUUUGCUAUGGUCCCCCAACCGAAGCGUCUUCUUUCAACUGCAUAUAGGAUGUCAGUUGUUAGCUGUAAGCAUAGAUGUCGAACACGAACUGCGUGCUGUAAAUAUGCAAGGCGAUGUAAGCGAACUGGCAGAAUUUGCUCAGUAGCAACCUUUGCUGGAGGUGAUGGAAAGUUUCCUGCUGGUUUUCUUGAACUUUGCCGUGUACGCCUACCAGAAUUUCCGUCCUGGAAGGUUCCAUAUUAUUCCAAUUCAUCCUGCUUCUGUGAUGCUUUUAAUUCGAGAAGCAUAACUUUUUGGGAUAAUUAUGAUUAUAUCCUUCGCUA